UGUCUAUAUAAAUCAAGAACACAUGGGGACCGUCCAUUCAUUCAUUUCAUUGCACUGGAUUGAAGGAGUGAGAUGGAUCCAUCACUAGCCAAACAAGAGAAAACGGAGGACAUGGAGAUCUCUCUCCGACCGUUCGAUCUCUCCGACAUCGACGAUUUCAUGGUGUGGACCACGGACGCACGUGUGGCUCGUUUCUGCCGUUGGGACGCCUACACAUCCAAAGAAGCGGUUCUGGAACGCUUGAAGGAAAGGAUCAUCCCCCAUCCAUGGUACCGGGCCAUAUGCCUCGACAACCGUCCGAUCGGCGCCAUCUCGAUCACACCCGGAUCCGACAACGAUAGAUGUCGGGCUGCACUCGGGUACGUUAUCGGGUUCCAGCACUGGGGUAAAGGGAUAGCCACACGAGCGGUGAAGAUGGCCGUCGGGUCCAUAUUCCGGGAGUGGCCACAUCUCGAACGGCUGGAAGCGGUUGUGGACGUUGAGAACCCGGGAUCCGAACGGGUCCUUGAGAAGGCCGGGUUCGUUAGAGAGGGUCUGCUGAGAAAGUACUUCAUUUUGAAAGGGAAGGCAAGGGAUGUUGUGAUGUAUAGCUUCCUUUCUACGGAUCCCAUGCCCUCCGAGUAAUAGAUAUGGGUGUGGGGCCCACAUGAUGUAUGUACGGCAUCCAAC